UACAUAAAACGACAUAUCUAUAACAUCUACAUAUAAUUGUGUGUGAAAUUUCAGAGUUAAAAUAGUUUCCACACCAAAUGUUACUCAGUGUUCCUCAAAACCCCUUGGGGUCUCCAUAAAGCCUAUCCGUAGUUCAUUUGCUUCUUUUGUGUUUCAAAGGUUGAAUGAGGAGCACAGUGUGUCUUGAAUGAAGGCGAGCUGCUUUUGAAAGUCGCUAAUGAGCGCGUUCACACCCUCGUUGUGUUUCACACACAUCCAAAAUGUCUCUCUCGGGCACGCGGACACACAACGAGCCGCUCAGCCAAUUUGUGUCCAUCUCACAGUGUUCCUCCCUGCCGGUCCUGCUCUCUCCUCUCUCCUCUCUCUUCUCUCCUCUCUCCUCUCUCCUCGCUCCUCUCUCCUCGCUCCUCUCUCCUCUCUCCUCUCACUUGCUCCGUGGAGCAGCAUGUAACGCUCUCAGUGUCACGAAUCGCGCGCGUCUCUGACUGUCUUGUUCUGUGGUUGUAACGCGUGGAUCAUGUUUUAUUUUCAGCUGGUGAUCAUGGCAGGCACCGUUCUCCUGGCGUACUACUUCGAAUACACGGACACGUUCCCCGUGCACAUCCAGGGCUUCUUCUGCUUCGACAAGGCGUUCUCCAAACCUUACCCCGGACCGGAGGAGAGGAGCAACGUUCCUCCGGUGCUCGUGUACUCUCUGGUAGCUGCUAUCCCCACUAUAACUAUUCUGGCCGGCGAGGUGAUGGUGUUUUUCAUGAGGUCGGAGGUCACGCAGGAGAAGACCAUUGUCACAGCGGACUGCUGUUACUUCAACCCCCUGCUCAGACGCAUCAUACGCUUCCUAGGCGUCUACACCUUCGGCGUGUUCACCACCACCAUCUUUGCCAAUGCUGGGCAGGUAGUGACAGGAAACCAGACGCCUCACUUCCUGUCAGCGUGCAGACCAAACUACACAGCACUGGGCUGCCACUCGAACCUCCAGUACAUCACAGAGCGCAGAGCCUGCACGGGAAACCCCCUCAUAGUAGCAUCUGCGCGCAAGUCCUUUCCCUCCAAAGAUGCGGCCCUCAGUGUUUUUUCUGCAGUGUACACAGUGAUGUACGUGACGUUGGUGUUUAGGACUAAAGGGACGCGUCUGACCAAACCCACUCUGAGUCUGACUCUGCUGUGUCUGGCCAUGCUGGUCGGUGUGGUCAGAGUGGCUGAAUACCGUAACCACUGGGCCGACGUCCUCGCUGGAUACUUCACCGGCGGAGCCAUCGCUGUCUUUCUGGUGACGUGUGUUAUCAACAACUUCCAGCAGACAAAGCCCCCUCCCCCACCGGUGCGCCCCCAGCGCCCUGAGUCUGUGCUGGGCAUGCCCAUGGUGGCGCUGCCCUGCGUAGAGAGUCCACUUGAAAAGUUAAGUGGCACUCAGACUCCAAGGGGAUCUCCAUUCACUGAGAUCACAUGACCAUCAGCCUCAUCGGUUCCCCGUCCCCCCCGAUGUCCUCAUACCGUCUCGCUCCAUUACCAGCGAAGUCUAGACCAGCCGUCCCAGCACUCGCGCCACUGCGCCGCCCACUCCGCGGGACGCUCCGCCGCUCUGCACCGCUCCUACUCGACGCAGGUCUAGAUUUCCUCACCUCCAACCCCUCAUCCUCCAUAUUCCUCCAUGCUGCCGAUAGGGCCUCCACAAACCGCUCAAACAAACCAUGACAAGAACUUUCAGAGCCUGCUCGGAGAUCCCGAACACUUGCACGAAAGCCAGAAAUCACAGGUAGGCAUCUCUCUUUUGCCAGAGAAUUUGUUUGGACUGUGUGUGGAGGAUUCGCACCUGUUCAGACCUCUCAAAACCAACCCGACCUACUUCCUGGGGAACCGAUGAAGAACUCUUGAUCAGCUUUUGGCUGAAAUUCAGAACUCUGGCUGCAAUUUUUACUGCAGUGUCAGUUCAGAUGUAAAUACAUGCACUGUUUUUUCUUUUUGGCAUUCUGGUUAAAUGCAUGUCUGUUUUCUUCCUUUUUGUUCAUUAGGGUGACCAUAUGUACUCUUUUUUUUUUUUCCCAGAUGGGUUUAUAAAUUGCGUAAAAUGCCUGGGUUUUGCCUUUGUUUUCCAAUUGUUUUCAUACUUGCUGAAGGUAAUGACUGAAAAGUACUUUGACCAACAGCAUGCAGGCAUUGAAUAAAAUCAACUAAUCAUGGCGUGCAAGAAGGCGGGAUCUACAGGGAAUAUCAAAGCAAUGCAAAUACAUAUAAAUAUAAUGUAAGAUAAUGUGGAAAACCUGGACAUUUUAGGCAAUUUAGAAAUGCCAGCCAGGACAUAUCUCGGAAAAUAGGAUAUAUGUUCACCCUAGCACUGAUGGAGUUUUUAAGUUACAUUUGUAGUCAUCACUAUCUAUGGUGUGAAAAAUUACACAUAAACCAUAUAUUGAUUUGUUUUUGAGCCAUAUUCACUAUGCACUUGGGACAAUCUCAUCAGCAUCAGCUAUCUGGACAUCCUGUAAGUGCACAUCAAGAGAAAAACUCUAAAGUUAGAGAUGUUCUUGAUAUCAGCUCAUGUAAUAAUGUGUGGAUGCAUCGUAAGGAAUUGAUGGACAGAAUGACACACAUAAAAAUCGACCACAGCAUUCUUUUUUAAAUAUGUCAUGUCUGGUUCGUGCUCGCAAGGAUUUUUCCACCAGCUAGAUGUAAUGCACAGUCUGACAUGAAUGCCUUUUCAUUACUGUCUCUCUAGACACAAGGCUUUCAGACAUGAGACAUUCCUACAGUUUUUCAUCAAAGUAUGGAUUGGAUUCUUUAUUUCUCGGGAGAGAAAAGCAAGAAAAGCACCCCAUGAUGUCAACAGAACAGUAAAGACCACAUCUGUAUUGUUGUUGGUAUUUCUGUGAAAGUUUUCAAAAGGGGUAACUGGAGGUCAGCUAGUUUCUUUCCUGUAUAGUGAGCAAUCCUUUCACAUUCAUAUCACGUGUUACUAGCAGGGAUGUGCGGCAUUCAGAAUUGAAUUGAAGAAUCCUUUUCAUUUACAGUUCACAAAUUUGAAUUGAAUUUGAACUCGAACUUGAGGUAGCAAACAGAUUCAGUAUUGAAGUUUUGAAUGUAAGGAGGUAGAAUUAAAAUGCAUUGAAAUUUGAAGAAAUUCUGUACAGCUUUAACUAGAAAUGAAAGUUUUAUCAAGACAAACUUUGAAUGUUGGCGUAAACUUUUGUAACGCUAAAGGGUUUUCUAACUUAUUUAUUUAUUUUAUUUUAUUUUAUAGGCACUUUUGUAAAUAAAAAGCUCUUUUCAUGUAAUAUUCCAGGAAUCCCUUUAAGAAGUGUACAGUUACUGUGUUAACAUUUAGUUUCCUAUUUAUUAAUACACCUUAUUUUUCUUAAUUGUUAUCUAGAUAUGAAGACAAUGUUAGAUGUCAUGUUCAGAUUCAAAUUUAUAUUAAGUACUAUAUUGUACUAAACUAAAUGGAGAUAGAUAGAUAGAUAGAUAGAUAGAUAGAUAGAUAGAUAGAUAGAUAGAUAGAUAGAUAGAUAGAUAGAUAGAUAGAUAGAUAGAUAGAUAGAUAGUGUGGCCAGUUCAAUUCUAAAUCACAUUUAUAAAUGGAAAGAAAACCAAUUCUGAGUUUUGCACAGCCCUGGUUAGCAAGUUUGUAAAAACCUUUGGCUGUCAUUUUACAAUGAUGAUGUUAUGAAAGGUCCUUGCAAUGAAAUAAUUGCUGAGGAUGUCUGGUACAGUGGGAUUUUAAAGUGAUUUGAGCUAUUUGAUGAGUAGUUAACAUUAAUCAGUAGCCUGCACUGCCUGUGUGAUGAAAGACAAUAAGAAAAGUUGUUUCAGUAUGAAGCAAGGUUUUACAUUUAGAUGAACUUUUAAGAGACAUUUUUUUUGUUGGAGGAACAUGUGCUGAUGUAUCAUUCAUAUUAAUGAGCAGGAAAGUGUAUUAAAAGAAUAGUUCACCCAAAAAUGAGGAUUUCGUAAAAUAUACUCACCCUCAGAUAACCUAAGGUGUAGAUGAAAGAUGUUUAUUUCUUCAUCAGAACAGAAUUUCCAGAAUUGUAGCAUUACAUCACUUUCAGUGGAUGCUCUGCAGUGAAUGGGUGCCGUCAGAAUGAGAGUCCAAACAACUAAUAGAAACAUCUCAAGUAAUCCACACCAAUCCAGUCCAUCAUUAAUGUCUUGUGAAUCUGAAAAAUCUGCAUGACUGUAAGAAACAAAUGAAUGUUCAAGGCAUUUUAACUUGAAGUUGUUAAUUGAGUCCUCCAUCCGUAGAAAGGCUUUCUCCAGUGAAAAAGUCUGAAUCAGGAGAGAAAUCUGCACAGAUCAAGCACCGUUUACAAAAGAAAACAGUAAAAAACAUUUCUAAAUCAAUAAAUUAGUGGAUUCUUUGAUUUGGUAGCACAACAGGAGAUUAUACUUUUCACUGCAGGUGGCAUUCUUAUGGAUUAUGGACUCAUGUUUUGGCCAGAAGCAACAGUUUAAACACCUUAAUGAAUGAAUUAUUUCUUACAAGCACACAGCUUUUCUCUUCACAAGAUGUUAAUUGAUGGCCUAGAAUAGUAGAUAAUACUUAUAGAUUAUUGUGAUGUUUUUAUCAGCUGUUUGAACUCUCAUUCUGACGGCACCCAUUCACUUCAGAAGAUCCACUGGCAAGCAAGUGAUUUAAUGCUAGAUUUCUCCAAAUAUGUUGCAAUGAAGAAACAAUGUCAUCUACAUCUUAGAUGGCCUGAGGGUGAUUAAAUUUCUGGUUUUCUGGAUAAACUACUUCUAGGGGAGAUUUUGGGCAAAUGGUUAAGUGUCUCAGGCAGCUAAAAUAAAGUAAUGGCCACAGAUUCACAUGCUCAUGUUUGAUCAACUAUAAUAGAUUUUCUACACAGAGGAUGUUCGUGUGCAUUGUCAGUUGGCUGCAUGUGCUGUAACAUACGUAAACCAAGUGUUGUGCACUUUCUAAUUUUAUCGAGCUCUGUUAAAUUGGCCAUUUUUCAUAUUUAUUUAUUUUUUGACAUUAAAUAGCAUUUCUUUUCUAAUAUAGUGUUUACUUGGACUAAUUGUAAGAUGUGUAUACAAAUUGUGUGUACUUAAAUCAGAUGAGUGUAAACACUCCACCUUGUUGCACUCCAAACGGAUGAAAAUGAAUGUUUGUAACAUUAACUGUGACAUCUAAUCUGUCUGAUGCCCCUCAGCCUUUACAUCCCGGCACCAGGUCAAGCCUCACAUUCUGUGCUACGUACAGUUACUGUCUCUGUUGUAAGAGCACCAUCUACACAUGCUAAGAAACACCUUCACACCCUAAAAAAACACUCCAUUAAAGGUGAAGUCUGCAAUUUUUUACCACUAGGGAAUGGAAUUACAACAGCAAUGACUGAUAUCACACAGGUUUCCCAAACCUCUUCUAUUGGUAGGACAAACAGAAAGCCCCGCCCCAAACUCAUGCUAUUGGUUGAGCCAAUGCUGCUGUUUUGGGCUGGUCAGGAUUCUCAAAGAAACAGAUCAAGAAAAAGUCAAAGCCAUACAGUGUGUACACAGUUUUUGGGCAAAUCAAGCUGCAAAUGGUUUAUUUAUAAUUACAGAGACUGAAAAAAAAUUACAGGCUUCACCUUUAAAAAGCUUUUAUCUGUAGUUCUCAGCUCUCUUAUUCCUCCUUUCAUACACCCAAAUGAAAAGAUAUUUGUACAGUUUUGCAAACAAGUCUUUUUGUAUCAAAAAAAAAAAAAAAGAAAGAAAAAA